GUUGCAUCCAGAACAGUUUAGAGAAUCUAUAUCUUUUCAACAAUUCAUUUUCUGGUAGUCUUCCGAAUAACUUGGGACAAUUUAAAUGCCUAAAAUAUCUUUUACUUUCUCGCAACUCUUUCUGUGGUCCGAUUCCUGUAUCAAUUGGACAGCUUUACAACCUAGACGUACUAGAUUUCAGUCAUAAUUCAUUGCAAGGAAAUGUUUCUGAACUUCACUUUUUAAAGCUCAGAGGCUUGACUAAGUUGAUUAUGAGUGGGAAUUCUUUAGAUUUUGACAUUGAUCCCAAAUGGGUUCCUCCCUUCCAACUUUCCAAUAUUGAUUUAUCAUCUUGCAAAUUAGGGCCUUGGUUUCCACAGUGGCUCAAGACACAAAAGAGCAUUGCAUUUUUACAUAUGUCUAAUGCAAGCAUCUCUGAUAGCAUCCCUGGCUGGUUUGAGAACAUUUCUUCCGAUGUUAUAGGAUUGGAUCUAUCUUAUAAUCAGGUUUUUGGAAACUUGCCAAAUUUGAGGGAAUUCAACACAUCUUCUGAAGCAGGUAUUCCGGAUCCUAUGGCUAUUUCUAGGUACAUAUUAUUGAAAUCGAACAAGUUCAAUGCUUCUUUUACACAUUAUCAUUCUGAAGCAAGUAUAUUGGAUAUCUCCAACAACUUGCUCCAUGGCCAGAUUCCCCAUAACAUCAGCAAAGUGAUGCCAAAUUUGCGAUUUUUAUCCCUCUCCAACAACUAUUUGAAUGGUACCAUUCCUGCUUCUUUAUGCGGGCUUGAAAGUUUAGAAAUUCUCCAUCUUUCGAAAAAUCAUCUGUCAGGGCGAAUACCUUCGUGUUGGGGAAAUUUGAAAUAUUUAAGUGUCAUUGAUUUGUCAAAUAAUAUGCUGAGUGGCCAUGUUCCAAUGUCCUUGGGUUCUCAAAAAUUUCUUGUUUCCCUGCAUCUGCAAAAUAAUAAUCUGCAAGGAAAUAUCCUAAUGUCAUUAAGACAACUAGAAUCCUUGGAGACUCUUGAUCUUAGCAUGAAUGCUUUUGAUGGUUUUAUUCUUUCGUGGAUAGGUGAAAGCCUAUCUUUAUUGAAAGUACUCAAUGUUCACUCCAAUAAAUUUGAAGGUGAGAUUCCUCUGCAGCUAUGCUCCCUAGCUUCUCUUCAAAUAUUAAACUUGGCAAACAACAUGAUGACUGGAACCAUUCCGACUUGUUUUGGUGGUUUUACUGCAAUUGUUAUGCACGAAAACGAAGGACUUUGGGACUAUCAAGUUAGUUAUAAUCCUUAUGUUUAUUCUGAAGAAGAUAGCUAUGGUGAGAAUAUUCAGGCUUAUGUUAAAGGAAUAGAGCUUGAAUAUACAAGUACAAUUCGAUUCCUAUAUUCCAUUGACCUUUCAGGAAAUAACUUUUUUGGAGAGAUUCCAAAGGAGUUGAUGAAUCUUUCAGGUCUACAAAACCUGAAUUUGUCUAGAAACAAAUUAGAUGGGCAUAUCCCUUGGAACAUUGGCAAGUUAAAGUCACUAGAAUCGCUGGACUUGUCUAAAAAUGAUCUUUCUGGCUCUAUUCCACCCAGCAUUUCUGAUUUGAACUUUUUAAGUCAAUUGAAUUUGUCAUUUAAUCACUUAUCUGGACGACUUCCUUUGGGAAAUCAACUUCAGACUUUAGAUGACAUAUCCAUCUACAUUGGCAACAAUGGACUUUGUGGAUUUCCAUUGAAUAAUUGUUCAGAGCAUGCAGAUGAAUUGCCUAAAAGUCAUGAAAAAGUUGGGAAUACGAGGAAAGAUGACUCCGAAAUGCUUUGGUUCUAUAGUGGUUUGGGAAUGGGUUUUGUGGCUGGAUUUGUUGGAGUUUGUAGCGUUUUGUACUUCAAUGACUCAUGGAGGUAUGCUUGUUUUCAGUUAGUUGACAGAGUCUACGACAAGCUUUGGAUAAUAGUAGCAAUUAAGGCAAAUCAACUGAAGGGAAAGCUUCACAGAAACAAAUUUGAAGUGAAUGCAUGAGAAGUCUUUAAUGCAGGAUUCAAGGUUGCUAGAGACUGCAGCAGAUGUUGAUCAAAAUUUAAAUAAAGCCCCAGUCAAGGUUGGAUGAAUGGAAGGCUGAUGAUAUGAAUUUCCUGAUGAUUUUCUUUGAAGGUUAUAAUAUUUUUAUGUUUUUGUGUAAUUAUUUCCAGAAUUAGAUGGUCUCCUUCUACUCCAAGGCAUGAAAUGUUGUGGAUUGUCCAAUAAGGUUAUA